GUAUACAUAUUCUUGAUCGGCAUCAAAUUCUAAAUUGAUUUAAACAUGUCUGCCUGUCUGUCUGUCUCUCAUUCUUCUGAUUGCAAAAAUGGAGCUAUCGACUUCAAAUUUGGCAAAAAGAUUGGAAGUUCUUGUACGCUGGCCAAAUCGUUCCAAGAACACGCCCACAGCGCCAUGUAGACUGAGGACACCUGUGUUUUUCAAAAGAAAUAAAUUUAAACAUGUCCACCUAUCCGUCUGUCCAUCUGUCUGUUGGCACCACUUUAUUACACAUUGUCCCGUUAGCGAAAAUGAGGAAAUAAGCCGAUUAAAGAGUUAUUCAGCUAAUGGCCUGUCUGGUCAGCUGACUGUAGCCAAGUUUCAUGCUAAGAAGUCCUUUAAUGAUAUGUACAGCCAAAAACGGAAAUAAGGCAAAGUUUCAAGGAAUUAUUCCAUUCAAGCCUAAAUGUUUACCGCGUUGUUUUGGUCUCCAGUUCUUUCAGGAGAAACUUAUUAGACAUCUUAUCUAUUGUUUUGUUUGUUUUAAAACUAUUUACCGCAAUUUUUCUUUUAUCUGGUCCAACUAUUUAAAAUUAAUUUAUGUAAGUCUAGCCUAUCUGCUUUUGUCCCAUUAGACGGGCAUCUAUACGUUUUAUAUAUCUCAACCUCUUAAUCUGCCUUAGUCAAGCUUCAGUUACGAUAUUUUACUCCGGUUCUGCUGACAUCAGGUUUUUAGCCAUUUUACUUUGUUGGAAAGCCUUAUAUAUCAAAGUAUUUGUGUUCUUGGAAAAAACUGUAAAACAGCCUUAACAGUCGUUAUAGUUUUGCAAAUUCAAAACUCAAAGUGUAUAAUUAUUUUGAAGAAACGGUUAAGAGAAUUUCUAUUAGAAAUCAAAUUCGGUUCUAGAUGUUCAUUACGAAAUAGCAGAAAAAUAUUUAUUCCUCAACGUGCCGUAUAGCGUUCGCUUAGCCAAUAAGUGGAGAAAGAUGAAUUCCACGGAAAGCCACAUGUCAACAUGCAUUUUAACCUACAGAAGGAGGAGAAAUAUACAAAGACAAAAUUAAUAUAAUCAAAAAACAAGAAAAACAAGAAUAAUAAUUAAUGGCGACUACGAUCGAUGAAAAGCUUCCGGACAAUCAUGACUGAAGUACCCGUACAGUUUGAAGCCGAAACGAAUAAUCUUGUACAGUAGUGAAAACCCUGGAAAAAAUGGGUAAUUACGCGAAGCCAGAAGCCAAACAAAAUGUAUAGCGUAGAUUGUGUUGCUGAAAUUGUGCGGUUAGCCCGAAAAUUCUCUGCCAUAAACUUGUUCGCAAACUGGAAUUAAAUAAGAUGGUAAAGACCUUACCACGCAUAAUCCUUUCCGAGAUUUAGUCAUAGAUUUUUUACACUUCACAAGAAAUAAAUGACGUAUUGUAGAGAUCGAAUGCACAGAUACGAGGGAGCCGGUAUAACGGUAUGUCCAACUGUCUUUCGGCGACAAUCUGAAUGUUAUUAUAGGCCGUUGAAAAGGUUCCAUCACUAAUUUGCAAAACCUGAAGAGAAAACCUAAAGAUUUAAGAUGGAUACGCAAUCGGAGUUAAAUUAUUUAGCAAAUAUGAAACCGCCAGACACGUUUGGUCAUCCCAAGUACCCUCCGUACGAUUCAUUGAACAGGCAGAAUACGGAGAUGGCAACGCAACUGAUGCCAACUCAACCGUUGGUUACGCAUGUAGAGCAUAUACCCCCACCUCCUGCAGCACUAGCGGGCAAUAAUUUGCCUUUUGCUCCUCUAAUGUCAAUGGCGAGUGCGACUGUUCCUUUAAAUACAACCUUAGACUCGUUGACUAACAACACCAGUGUCGAUACAAGCAAUCAACAUGUUGAUAAUGAAAAUAUUAAUAAUGAUUGCAAUAAUAUCAACUCUAGCAAUCCAGAAGCUCAGAAAAGAAAAUCCAGCACGGAGACGCAAAGCGAUCUAAACCAGUUAUUACAGAAACGAGAAAAGACAGUUUUGCCGCCUAUCGAUGAAAAAAAGAAACGUAAAAAUAUACGUGACGUUAUGGAUACCAAUCAAUUGGAUACAAACACUCUUAAGGCUCAACAUGAAGAGUCCGAACGUUUGGCGCGCAUGGCUGAACAACAGAAAUUGCUACGUGAAUACCAGCAACGAGAGGCUGUGCUAACGCAUUUUGAUCGCUUUGUAAACGAACAUAGGGUCAAGAAUCCUGAAGAUUUAUUGGAACUAAGCGGUAGUCCUAAAAGUAGUAGCGUUUUAGAAGAUGAUAGCAAACAAUCUCAAACCACGACGGAAACUGAGACCCAAGAUGUAAGAGAUGAUGAUGACAAAAUAAAGGCACCAGCGGAAGUGGUGACCAUCGAAGAUAGUUCCUCAGAUGACGAUUGCAUUGUACUGUCCGAUGACGAAGAAGAUGUUGAGGAAGAUAUAGAUGAUCCCGAGAAUAGCGGCUUGCAUGUGAAGGAUGAGUUUAAUAUACCCGAUCAUAUAGGACGAGUGGUAAUUAAUGUGGGUCAUCCCGAUAGUGAGGAGGACAUAUUCAUAGCACCGCAAAUAGCAAGAACUAUUAAGCCGCAUCAAAUAGGCGGCAUACGUUUUUUGUUUGAUAACGUUAUCGAAUCCACCACACGUUUCAAAACGUCAGGCGGCUUUGGUUGCAUUUUGGCUCAUUCCAUGGGUUUAGGUAAAACGCUACAAGUAGUUUGCUUCUGUGAUAUAUUCCUGAGGUACACACCCUCCAAAUAUGUAGUUUGUGUUAUGCCCAUAAACACCCUACAAAACUGGAAUGCGGAAUUCGAUAUGUGGAUUCCUAAAAUGUCUGAAAAUCCCGAAUACGUGAGGCCGAGGAAUUUUGAUGUGUUCGUUUUAAAUGACCAGCAUAAAACAUUCAGUGCCCGCGCUCGUAUAAUCUUGCAAUGGAGAGAACAAGGCGGUGUUUUAUUGAUCGGUUAUGAAUUAUUUCGUUUGAUGGCCCUAAAACUUAGCACAACGGGAAAAAGGCGCAGCAAGAAAUCACAGUUAAGAAAUGACGAAUUGGAUGAAUCCCAUCAUCGUUUAAUGGAUGAAAUUUACGAGGCAUUAGUUAGACCUGGUCCCGAUUUAGUGAUAUGUGACGAAGGACAUCGUAUUAAAAACUCCCAAGCAGGUAUAUCACAAGCUCUUAAACAAAUACGUACCCGCAGGCGCAUUGUUUUGACUGGUUAUCCAUUACAAAACAAUUUAGUAGAAUAUUGGUGUAUGGUGGACUUUGUCAGGCCCAAUUAUUUAGGAACUAAAACUGAAUUCUGCAAUAUGUUCGAAAGACCUAUACAGAAUGGUUUGUGCGUAGACUCAACGCCAGACGACAUAAAACUGAUGCGCUAUAGAGCUCACGUGCUGCACUCAUUGUUGGUAGGCUUUGUACAGAGACGUUCUCAUACGGUGUUACAGCAAUCACUGCCUGAGAAACAAGAAUUCGUUAUAUUAACCAGAAUGACAGACUUGCAAAGGCAGUUGUACGAUACUUUCAUGAACGAUAUAGUGCGUACGAAAAACGUACCGAAUCCUCUGAAGGCUUUCGCUGUGUGUUGUAAAAUUUGGAAUCAUCCAGACGUACUUUACGACGCCAUUAAAGUGGCAGAAUAUGGUUUCGACUUGGAUAUUGAAGAGGUAGAGGAAAUCGCUCCUAAUAUAUCUAAUAUUAACAAAGAUGGAUUCCCACCACCCAUACCGGCGCCACCACCUCCUCUUCUGGCAACACAAUUAUCAACCAUCAACACUUUUGAUAAAUCUGUUAGUUCAAUACAAAUGCCUGCUGUUUCACUACAAAAUACAACAGCUCCGAGUUUAAAUUCAGUAACUUCAGUCCACAAUAUCACAUCAAAUCCACAUGGAGGAGGAAAUUUAUUGCAGAACAGCAGCUACAACAACAUAAAUUGCAAUAAUAUAACAGGAACACAAAAUCCCACCACAGCCCUUAGUGCGACGUCUAAUGCAAUGAACUAUCAAAGUGCGAAUACGUUGUAUGGCGAUUUAAAUCAAUACGAUAAUUCAUCUUUUAACACCACCCCCAAUCACAGCACGUAUCCGCAGGAUUUGCAAUCAUCGUAUUUCCCAUAUUCAUCGAUGCUUAGCUCCAUGGGCAGUCCGUUGAAACCUAACUACGUAGGCUGUAUGGUUAAACAACCAGUUACCGAUAAUAUGCCGGCGGAGGAAAAUCACAAUUCUUCUUCGGAAAUUGUUGAUUUAGAUACAAAAGAAAUAAAAACCAUCGAAACUGAUAUUGAUAUGGAUAAGAAUAUUAGCAUGAAUAAGGAUGAAUUGCAGAAACCCAUAAAUGCUGUAGACGUGGAAUCUAAAUCCGAAAUUGAUAUCUCGACGCCGGGACUGACGAGUGUUUUAGAAAAUAACGAAGGAGAACAGAGGCGAGGCUGCGAUAAAAUUACAUAUGACUGGGCUUCCAAACUUAUCAAAAAAUAUGAACCGGGCUUGAUAACGAAUUCGCCCAAGAUGGAAAUUUUCUUUUGCAUUCUUAACGAGAGCAUUCGUAUCGGUGAUCGUGUACUGUUGUUCAGUCAAAGUUUACUUACGUUAAAUUUAAUUGAAAAGUUUUUGCAAGUCAAUCAAGUACCGGGUACAGAUUUUUGUUGGACUUUUGGCCGAAAUUAUUUUCGUUUGGAUGGUUCAACUACUUCACAGGAACGUGAAAGAUUAGUUAAUGAAUUCAAUUUGAAUACAAAUGUAAAAUUGUUCCUUAUCUCCACCAAAGCUGGUUCACUGGGCAUUAAUUUGGUGGGUGCCAACCGUGUUAUUAUAUUUGACGCCAGUUGGAAUCCUUGUCACGACACCCAGGCUAUAUACCGGAUAUAUAGAUAUGGUCAAAAGCGCUCUUGUUAUAUCUAUCGUAUAGUAAUGGACAAAUGUUUAGAAAAAAAAAUCUACGAUCGUCAAAUUAAAAAACAGGGCAUGUCUGAUCGCGUAGUGGAUGAAUGUAAUCCUGAUAAUCAUUUAUCUAUAAAAGAUGUAACGAACCUUUGCUAUGACUAUGAUGACGACGAAGAUAAAAGUAAUGCAGUGGAAUUCCAAAAACCCUUGGAUUCGUAUACGGAUGUAAUAAUGAGAAAAAUUUUGGAGGAAUAUAAAGCACUGCUGACCAAAGAACCAUUCUUCCAUGAGAGUUUGUUAGUGGACCGUAAAAAUGAUAAGUUAUCGCAAGCGGAAAAAAGACUAGCCCAUCGCAGCUACGAAAUGCAAAAGAAGACAUCAUCGAAGCAGACCUUCAUUAGCACUGGAAGCCGCGUACAGUUCCAAACAAUACGAAAGGAUGGGGCAUUAAUAACAAAACCGAUAGCUUCGGUGCGGCCAAUGCAAGCUCCCCGCUCACAAACUACUCAAAAAUACAGCAGUGGUCUACGCUCCACUAGAUGGAUACCAGCUGAAGUAUGGCAAAAGCAAGGCAUGACAGCUCAGGAAAUGUCUCUACCUUUGGACGUUGUCAUACCCACAAAUUCCAGCAAUAAAUCAAAAAUUGUUAUUAAAGCUGGGCAAAGGGUGAUGGUUUUGAAAUCUGCCAAAGGCAUUUAUAUGCAGUUGGACAGUGGCAAAAUUAUCGCCAUACGUACGAUGAACAAGCCGAAUGCCAUUAGUAAAGGCGAUAAACCGGAUGUUAUCGAUAUAACAGGAGAAACAGAGACUGCAACAAACGACUCGAAAACCGAUAAGGCUGAAACAGAAACAACAAAUAGUUCUUUUACUGAUUCAUCUAUGGAUGUAGACAGUUCAACUUCCACCUCAAGUGGCUUACAAAAAUCGGUUAAAAUGGAAAUUGAUAAAAAUACUGAGGAAUCGUUGAAGACGACAACAACUGAAAAUCCGACGCAAUCACAAUUUAAUAAUAACCAUUUAGCCUUAUUUAAUAAUACAACAAACACUAGUAAUACUUCCAAUAUAUCAGCAAACGCAAAUCAUUUUAAAAACAACAACCAUAAUAAUAUACUUAAUUCAAUGAAAACAGAGAAUGCCAACCAACAACAUCAACGAGGACAAACGCAUCAGCAUUUGUCGAACGCUGAUAAUCGGCAGCAAACGCAUUUAAAUACACAACAGCAUCCAAUGCAACAUCAGUCGUCUCAACAGCAACAUCAGCCACAGCAUCUAGCGCUAAGCCAAACUCAUAACGAAAUUAAACAAUCAAAUGAAGCGCAUAGUGCUCAUGCGGGCGCUCACAACUUACAUCAACAUACGACAUCGACUUACGGUACGGCUGGCCAUCAUACAUCUCAUCAGCAUCAUGCCCAUCAUCCACAGGCGUUUUAUGCGCAAACACAUGCGUAUGCUACCUCUCAAGGUCAUCAUUCGCAAACUCAAAAUCUACGUAAUGCUCAUCAUUACUCGGCUCAUACCCGCUCAUCGGAUAUUUCGCCCUAUACAACAUACUCAACAGCCCAAUAUACUGACUUUCCGACGUAUGCCUCGCAUGAGAGCUUAACACAGCAGAAUGCACGUUACCAUCCAACUGGCGGCAGUCACAAUAAUCUCUCUUCCCAGCCUCAUCCCAGUGCGUUAACUGAUUUUUAUGCCUCAUAUUAUCCGCAGUGGUCACCGUUUAUGCUGCCGCCGCCGCCGCCAACGACAAAAGCUGCUGUCACUCCACACCCCGCAACAAACGCCAGCGAUACUAAUCAUUUAAUGCAUCAUUCCUAUCCGUCGGCCCAUACUCAUUCUUCGCACUCCAUGUCGAAGGUGCAGACAACAAAUAAUGCAGGCAAUCAGUGGCAACAAUAUCAAUAAUGUAAGCAAACAGCAUCAAUCGUUUUACCAUCAACGUCACCAUUAACACAUUUAUGAACAAUGCCCCUACUAUAAUAUAACGCAAAACAAACAUGUGCAUAAUUAAGUAAUGAACUUAAAAAAUUUUAUUUCAAUCACUCCACUGGCACGCGC